AUGGCUGACAAACAUGCCGCCGAAGACAUGGCAGACACUCAGCCCGACGACCUGUCCCUCGCCGAGGAAUACCAACACCGUAACUUGGCUGUGCACCUAUUAAACGAGCAGCUCAACGACCGUACCAAGGCAAUUCACGAUUCAGUACUCGCCACGAUUCUCCUUCUUUGCCAUUACCGUAUGGUUGAGUCCGGCAUCGCCAAGUUCCAUACCCAGUUUGCCGGUGUUAGCAAGAUUUUGGCUCUUCGAGCUCAAUAUCUCACAGCCUCGAGCAACUCUGCUUGGAUGGAAGCGAUAUUCACCUACUUUGACGCCAUUUCUGCGAGCAUCAACGAACGCGAAGCCCAAGUGUAUCCUGGGUUCAAUGGGAUACCAGACAUUCAGCUUCUACCUAUCGGAACCGAGAACCUGGUGGGGUGUGACCGCGAGCUUUUCAAGACCAUCAGCAAGUUGGGCCGCCUGAACCAGUUGUCACAAAACCGCCCUGUGCAAAACACAUCGACCCCGGCCAGAGUCCAGGAGUUGCCUGAGCUAUCUCCUUCGUCAUACAUUUCUCCACUGGGCCAUGCUCGUCGAGAAUCACUUACACGGUUCAACGUGUCAGGGGAGCAGACGGGGGAAACAAGUAUCCUCAACAACAGUCGAUUCAGUACGAUACUCAACGAUGAUCUAGCUUCACCCACGAGCGCACAAGCCAUGUCAGCCAGCUACGAGAUCUGGAGUCACUUUCUGAGGCGUUUCGCUACGCCGCGCUUCUGUACACGGAGCGACUUGUGA